AUGGCGCAGCCGGCGAAGUCGCCCAAUUUCCUGGUCAUUGUGGCCGAUGACCUGGGCUACAGCGAUGUCAGUCCCUUUGGCGGCGAGAUCGAGACCCCGACCAUUGAGAGACUGGCAAAGGAGGGCAUCCGCCUGACCAACUUUCACACGGCGUCGGCGUGCUCGCCCACAAGAGCCAUGCUGCUAUCGGGGACCGACCACCACAUUGCCGGGCUCGGCCAACUCAGUGAGCACAUGAUGGGCCACGAAAACAAAUACAAGGGCCGCCCGGGGUAUGAAGGAUAUCUGAAUUUCCGGGUCGCCGCCGCAAGUGAGAUUUUUCAAGAUGCUGGCUACUUGACCCUCAUGUCCGGGAAAUGGCAUUUAGGUCUGGAGCCGCACCUGUCGCCGCACGCCCGUGGCUUUGACCGGUCGUUUUCUUUCCUCCCAGGGUCAGGGAACCACUACAACUACGAACCCCAGUCAGAGCCAGGCCGACCGACCCCACGGUUCAUGUCGUCCGACGGCUGGUGGAUGCAAGACGGCGAGAAGAUCGACCGCCAACGAGACCUGCCCGAGGAUUUCUACUCCUCCAAGACCUUCACGGAUCGACUGCUGGGAUUCUUCCAGGAGCGGUCGCCCAAGCAGAAGGACCAACCGUUCUUCGCCUUUUUGCCCUUUACCGCCCCACAUUGGCCUCUGCAGGCGCCACGAAAGACCAUCGAAAAGUACAAGGGUCGGUACGACACGGGGCCGGAGCGGCUGCGUGAACAGCGGCUCGCGAGCUUGAUUGAUUUGGGUCUGGUGCCCAAGGAUGUCGAGCCGGCACCCAUCACUGGAGCGCUACACAUCGACCAGGAAUGGGAGGCCAAAUCGCCGGAAGAACGGGAGCGCUCGGCGCGAAACAUGGAGGUGUAUGCCGCCAUGGUGGAUGAAAUCGAUCAGAACGUCGCCCGGGUAGUGUCAUAUCUCGAGUCGACCGACGAGCUGGACAACACGUUCAUUCUGUUCAUGUCGGACAACGGGGCCGAAGGCGUGCUUCUAGAAGCCAUCCCGACCAUGGGCGACAAACAGAGCUUUUCCGCCAUUCUCGACCAAUUCUACGACAACCGGUUGGAGAACAUUGGGAACCCGGACUCGUGGACCUGGUAUGGCCCGCGUUGGGCCUGCGCGUCCAUGGCUCCGUCUCGUGGGUUCAAGACCUGGAUCACCGAGGGCGGGAUCCGGUGUCCCUGCAUCGUGCGCUAUCCGAAGCUCCACCAGCCUGCGUACGCGCACACCGACGCCUUCACGACGGUCAUGGACAUUCUGCCCACCAUGUUGGAGCUCGCCGGCAUCAAGCCGCCGGCCGACACGUUCCGAGAACGGGCGAUCGUACCCAUGCGAGGCUCCAGUUGGGUCCCACACCUGACUUCACCAGAUCUGCAGUCCAGCAGCGUGCACGACGAGAACGAGCACAUCACGGGAUGGGAACUGUUUGGUCUGCGCGCCAUCCGCCGCGGGCCGUGGAAGGCGCUGUGGAUGCCGCCGCCCCGUGGCAAGGAUUGCUGGGAGCUGUACAACGUGGCCGACGAUCCUGGCGAGAUGCACGACAAGGCCGACGACGAGCCCGACAUAUUGGAGAUCCUGGUCAAGCACUGGGAACAGUACUACACGGAAACCGGCAUGUUUGACUACGGCCACGUUUUCCCGUACGUCAUGCAGUGA